AUGCAGUUGAAUAGAUCGUUGCUCGGCGUGAAUUUCUUCGCCGGAGAUGUCGUGGGCGGGAUCGGCCCUUAUCUCGCAAUUUAUCUUCUGACGCUUCAACACUGGUCGCCCGGUUCGAUCGGGAUCGCGCUCGCUGCCGGCAGUAUCGCAACCGUCGUCAUGCAAUCACCGGCCGGUGCCAUUGUCGACACAGUCAAGUGGAAGCGGACGUUGUUGAUCGGCUGCGCCAUCGCGAUUGCGUGCAGCACGAUCGGCAUUCUGGUGUUCAAUGAUGCUUUUGCAGUUUAUACGGCACAGAUUCUGAUCGGCUCGGCGUCUGCCUUUCUUGGCCCCCUGAUUGCCGCCGUCACCCUCGGGCUGGUCGGGCACGCCUAUUUCACCAGGCAGACCAGCGCCAACCAGGCCUGGAACCAUGCCGGUAACAUGAUCGCGGCCAUGCUUGCGGCCAUUCUUGCCUUGACCUGGUCAGCGCUCGGGGUUUUCUGGCUAGUGGCGGCCAUGGCCUGCGGCAUGAUUAUCUGCGCGCUUUUGAUCAACAAGGAUGAGAUUGAUCACGACCUGGCCCGUGGCGGUGUCGCGGAGGAAAAUGCGGGUGAAAAAGCCCCGGAAGGUAUCUUGAGUCUUUUCGAAGACAGGCGGCUGUUUGUUUUCGCGAUCUGCAUCUUCCUGUUUCAUUCCGCCAAUGCCUCCAUGCUGCCAUUGGUCAGCCAGAAACUUUCGUCCAACAGUGACGCCGAGCAUGGGGUUGCCUUUACGGCGGCCUGUGUGAUUGCCGCGCAACUGGUGAUGAUCGUCAUGGCGAUCUUCUGCGGAAAAAAAGCGGACGUCUGGGGGCGCAAGCCUUUGUUGCUGAUCGCGUUUCUAGUGCUUCCGAUCCGGGGAAUUCUGUUCAGCCAGUUCGACAACACAUACGCGCUCGUUGCCAUUCAGGCUCUUGACGGGGUUGCCAAUGGUAUCUUCGCAAUGGUGUUUCUCCUGGUUCUGGCCGAUAUCACCGCCGGGACGGGACGGUUCAAUUUCGCCCAGGGCGUUCUGGCAAUGCUGAUCGGAAUCGGGGCAUCCCUCAGCAACAUAGUUGCCGAGUAUAUCGUGCAAUACACCAGCUACACGGUCGGCUUUUUAAGCCUCGCGGCGACAGCGGCGGUCGGCCUUGUCAUCUAUGUGGUGUUCAUGGAAGAGACGCUGGUGCGGGAUCGCCCGAGCGGCUAG